UACCAGAGAUCAGCCAUGCCUCGUGCACCACUUAGACGCUAGAAGAAAGAUGAGUGGAGUUCUCUUUGUGGAAUUGGGAAGAGAGGUAGGAAGGACAGUGGUCAGUCGCACCCAGUUCCUCUCGUCUCCUCUCCAUUUAACAGAUUGUAACAUCAGCAAUUUUCCAUCGCCAAACAGUUGUUCAACAUGCUUCAGUGCCUUAUGAUCUCUCAUGUGUUGACAGAUGGGCAGCGUGGCUGGGACAGAUGGGAGAAACCAAACCAGUGUGCAAGAAUUCGUUCUACUGGGCUUUCCCGGUGCUUGGUCCUUCCAGAUGUCCCUGGCAGCGCUGUUCUGUGUGAUGUACAUCCUGACCAUCAUAGGGAACACAUCCAUCAUCGCCCUAGUGCAGACCCACCCACACCUGCACACCCCCAUGUACUUUUUCCUUUGCAAUCUCUCCUUCCUGGAGAGCUGGUACACCACCGCUUGUGUCCCCAAAGCCAUUGCUGUCGUGCUGGGCACAAGCCAAACCAUCUCGUUCACUGCCUGCCUCCUACAGUUGUUUUUCCUCCUCUCCUUGGGUGCCACAGAAUGUUUGCUCCUGGCUGCCAUGGCCUACGACCGCUAUCUGGCCAUAUGUCAACCAUUGCGUUACAGCGCCCUCAUGAGCAGCACCUUCUCUGCUCAGCUGGCUCUGGCCUCUUGGCUGGGCGGGUUCCUGGCUGUCUCUCUGCUGGCAGCUCUCUCAUCCAGGUUGUCUUUCUGUGGCCCUAACAUCAUCAAUCAUUUCAUUUGUGACAUAGGUUCCUGGAUCGCACUCGCCUGCACCAACACGCGCCUCGUUGAGUUGGCCACCUUCAUCGACUCAUUCAUUGUGGUCACGGUCUCAUGCACAAUAACCGUGAUCUCCUACGUUUUCAUCAUCUCCACCAUCUUGAGAAUCCCCUCAGCCCAAGGCCGGCAAAAGGCCUUUUCCACCUGCUCGGCCCACCUCACUGUUGUGACGCUCUGGUACGGCUCUGGCAUAUUUCUGUACGUCAAGCCUUCGGCACAGAAUUCACUGGAUGUGAAUAAAAUUAUCAACGUCUUUAACACGAUGGUAACUCCGCUGUUGAACCCUUUCAUUUACACGCUCAGAAAUAAAGAGGUGAAGGAAGCUGUGAGAAAGACAAUACAGACUGACAUGUGA